GCCCGCCCGCCGAGCUUGGGCGCUGUGGCGCGUGCGCGAGCGGUGCAGCACCGGCCGCGGGAGCAGGGAGUAUUAUGGGCUGUGGGUGCCGCUGAGCAAGAUGGAGCUGUCUGCAGUGGGCGAGCGGGUCUUCGCGGCCGAAUCCAUCAUCAAACGGCGGAUCCGAAAGGGACGCAUCGAGUACCUGGUGAAAUGGAAGGGGUGGGCCAUCAAGUACAGCACUUGGGAGCCGGAGGAGAACAUCCUGGACUCGCGGCUCAUUGCAGCCUUCGAGCAGAAGGAGAGGGAGCGUGAGCUGUAUGGGCCCAAGAAGAGGGGACCCAAACCCAAAACUUUCCUCCUGAAGGCGCGGGCCCAGGCGGAGGCCCUCCGCAUCAGUGAUGUGCAUUUCUCAGUCAAGCCGACCGCCAGCGCCUCCUCGCCCAAGCUGCAUUCCAGCGCUGCCGUGCACCGGCUCAAGAAGGACAUCCGCCGCUGCCACCGCAUGUCCCGCCGCCCCCUGCCCCGCCCAGACCCCCAGGGGGGCAGCCCCGGCCUUCGCCCGCCCAUCUCACCCUUCUCCGAGACCGUGCGCAUCAUCAACCGCAAGGUCAAGCCGCGGGAGCCCAAGCGGAACCGCAUCAUCCUGAACCUGAAGGUGAUCGACAAGGGCACGGGCGGAGGCGGCGCCGGGCAGGGGGCCGGGGCCCUUGCCCGCCCCAAAGUCCCUUCACGGAACCGCGUCAUCGGCAAGAGCAAGAAGUUCAGCGAGAGCAUCCUGCGCACGCAGAUCCGCCACAUGAAGUUCGGUGCUUUCGCGAUGUACAACAAGCCCCCACCCGGCCCUCUGCCGCCCCCGCCAGCCACCAAGGCCGACAUCGCCGCCUCCCCUGGCCAGGGGCUGCUCCUGGCAGCCCCCAGUGCCCCGUACGACGCCCGCAGCUCCAGCUCCUCCGGCUGCCCUUCGCCGACCCCGCAGUCCUCCUCCGACCCGGAUGACGCGCCCCCCAAGCUGCUCCCCGAGACCACGAGUCCAUCUGCCCCCGACUGGCGGGAGCCCGAGGUGCUUGACCUGUCCAUCCCUCCCGAGGCGGCGGCCACCAGCAAGCGGGCGCCUCCCGAUGUCACUGCGGCUGCCAGCCAGGCCCUUCCCGCGGCCCCUCAGCCUGUCGGCGCCGCCUCAGAGCCCGAGGCUGGAGACUGGCGCCCUGAGAUGUCACCCUGCUCCAACGUGGUCGUCACCGAUGUCACCAGCAAUCUCCUGACGGUCACUAUCAAGGAAUUCUGCAACCCUGAGGAUUUCGAGAAGGUGGCUGCUGGGGUAGCAGGCGCCGCAGCGGGGGGUGGCAGCAGUGGGCAGAGCAAGUGAGGGGCUCCACCAAGGAGGGGGGUUUGGGGGGCCCUCCUGCCCAAAGUCAUACUCUUGCUCCCGCCCCCGCCCCCGCACUCAGACAACCCUGCCUGUGCUUUGCUUGUUUCAAAUGGCUCGGUGUUGACCCCGGGAUGGGGCUGGGCAGUUGGAGCCCCCUGAAGCCCAGUGGGAGGGGCGGUCCUGGAACGGGGUGGGGCUAGGGUGGGGCCAGGACACUGGGAAGUCCUCCCUCUUGUCUCUUGGCCCCCUCCCUGCCCACGCACAGUGGGGCCUGCUGGGUGGCUCCUGGGGAGCCCCGGAACUUGGGGUUCAGCUGCCCCCUCCACAUCCCAUCUCUCCCCAGCUUGCUUCCAGCUCUCGCGCACAGCAUCUGAUUUCUCGGUGCUAACCCGGCAGCUGCUGGGGCCCCUUAGGGGACCCCAUCCCAGCUGGGCACCGUCCCUUUCCUUCUUCCAGAUGCCCGGGAAGGAGGGGCAGGGAUGGGAAAGCCCGGACAGAGGUUGAGGUGAAGGCGGCCUUGGCCCCUCCUCGCCCCCCCGCCCCCCACGAGGGCGGCAGGAGCAGGGCCCACUUUCGGACGAGACCCAGGCAGGUCCCCGUGGGCCUCACCCACCCAUCUCUUUCCUCGUCCCGCUCUCAGAGGCGGGAGGGACUGGCACGGGCCUCACCUGCCACGGCCUCCCAGCAUCUAAAGGCCCCUCAGUUCUCGACCAAAGGUGCUACAAGAGCCUGCUGCGCGGACUUCCGAUUGCGCAUGCGCCUGCCGUCCUGGGUGGGUCUGCGUGGAUCCGUGUGUGCGUUGGCCCCUGGGCCCGGCUCUCGAGGCUGCGCCCUUUAGGGUUCCUCACAGUAAGGUCGUCAGAUCGAAGGCCUGGAACCCUCCCUUGCCAUCAGCCGGGCCUGGGACCUGGCCCAGGUCUGAGGAGUUUGCUGUGGAGGCCGAUCCUCCCAGCCCGCGUGUGCGGGGGCCACGCAUCCCACGCCCUUCUCCUUUGGGGCGGUCAGACGUGGCAUGGUGGGGACCGAGGCAGAGGGGAGACCCCCGUCCCAAGCUUCCUCUUCCUCCCGGGUGUUCAGGGGGAGUAGGAAGCCUGGACACCGUUCCGAGGGUCUCCGGCUUCUCCGGCCCCCUCUCUCUUGCUUCUGACCGCCCAGGCUUUCUCACAGACCAGGCUGCUUGAAGCAGCGGGAGGCCUCUGGUGCCCUGGGCAGCUUCUCUUUCCUCUGCUGCCAGGGAGCUGCGGUGUCCAUGCCAGUGGCAGAGACCAAAACCCCAAUUUUAGGCCGGGUACUGGGAGGGCAGGAUGGCCGAAGCUGGGGUGGGGGACGGAAGAGGGGCCCUGUGUCCUUCAGGAGAGCGGGCACGUGCGGGACCAGGGGUCUGGUGGGCAGGGGAGACAGCCCUGCUGGCCAGCCCUGAGGCGCUGCCCGGACUCAGUUUGCCAUGAGUGGCGUGUCCUUGCACGUGGCUCAAGGUGGCUUCCUGGUGUGUGGGCUGAGAGCCAUGAUGGCAGAAAGGGAAUUCCAGUUCGGAAACAAACGCCUUGGUCGUAAGCACGGGAGGACUGUUUCUUCCGAAUCUCCCCACCAGGGAUUGUGGCAGGGCCCCUGACCCUCCCCACCCCAGGAUGUAGAACGGGGGCCGUCACAGGGUUUGGGGGACUGGUGCUCCUGGACCCCUCCCCACCCUGCCCUUUGUAUUGGCUCUGUGGCCGUCCAAGUGCCAAUUGGCUUCCCCCCAAAUAAGGGCUGGUAUUUCUCCUCUGUCCUUAGAGGGGAUUUCCCCCCCGACCCCCACCCCAGGUGAGUGUCCACCUGGGUGCCAGUUACAGGUGUUUCCAGAGACCAUAGAAAUGUGUUUUCCUGAGAGUCCGUGUCAUUCGUGACUUUUUUUGUAAAGAAGUUGUGUUUUCAGAGGUGAUUUUAUGACAGGAAAGUGAAAGAAUUAGUUUUGCAAAAAACAGAAAAAAAAAAAAAAAGAGGGGAAAAAAAAGAAAUAGAAAAA